CUCUUGAGAGCAUUCUUCUAUAUGGCUAGAGUUCGAUCUGGACCAACGAUCAAAAUCGAUUCCGCUGAGACUCUCAACGACGCAACAGCCACCUGAACAACCUUUUCAGAGGCGAUGUUCUAGAACCGCUUCCACUGCUUCUUUCUCUGCCCGUCGCCGCCCGAGGGAAUCCUCCGCUUAACGUCUUCUCCUUCUUCUCUUCUUCGCCAGUCAAAUCCGCACGUUGUCGCCCAUUCUCCCAUUCCAUUCGGCUGCUUGUAAUUCUCUCGCUCUUGCUCUGGACUCGCCUCGCCUUCUGCCCUCUGGAGAGACCAAACAAAUCCGCCAUGCGACGUCGUUGGCGGUCCCAAAGCUAAAUAAUCGUCGCACCGAUUCCGGCCGCUUGCCUCGAGUGGAAAGAGAGACACAGCGCAGCGCGCCUCAUCAAUAUUAGUGCCAUUCACCUUCAAAUCUCAAAUAUAUAUACGACCGAGACACCCCCCAUCCCACGGGCGGCCAGGAUGCGAGGCCACACCCACACCCACACCCGCCUCCACUCCAAGCCAUAUUUCGAUCUCGACGUCGGUCUGGCCAAUUCCGCUCACUCCCGCAACACCUCUUCUUCUUCGACGACGACCUCUUCGUCCGUCUUUCAGCAACUCUCGUCGUCCAUUCCUGUUACGACUUCGCUCAGCUUUACCACUCCGCUGAAGAUUGCGCCGACGCCUGAACCUACGAGGGUGCAACUCCAGCGACAGCGACUUCAAGAGCAGCAUGCACGGACACCUGUGAGCAAGGCUAGAACUAUUCCCGCGUUCAAGACUUCUGCUGCAUUCUUCGCUUCCCUCCGAACCAAUCUCCGACUCCACGCCUCCCCACCACCAAGCCCGCUCUCCACUCCCCCGUCCAUGCGCGGCUCCACCACCUCGCUCCCACCGCCAUCACCGCUCUCCUUCCCCGCCCUCUCAAUGGACGACCACGACCCCACCUCCGACGACCACGAUGACCACCAUCACCCUCCUCACGACCCUCUCGACGGCGUCCCCGAACUGACCUCCUACCUCACAACCGACGACGCCGAGCGAACAGAAGGACUGAAACUCGUCGCGGACAGCGUGGCGCAACAACGACAACUCGCGAAUCAAACAUUACUCUACAACCCGGCAAACCUCGCGGUGAUGAUCGCCAUCCUCUCCUUCGCCGGGAGGUACGUGUGGAGGAGGUAUCAUCACGACUACUACAUCCUCGGCAUGACGGUCAUCGGACUCAUCAUGGCCGGUAUGGCGGGUGCUCGGUUCGCGACGCAGGGAUAUCUUUUCGCAGCGGAGGAGAUUAAUUGGGAUUGGGUCGGGGAUAGCGAUGUGUUGGUCACGAAAUUUGGAGAGGAGGUCAUUGCUGCGGUUGUCAUUGAGUGGGUGAGUGGUGAGAGUCGGCAGAAGAGGAAGAAGGCUUGGAGGGGACUGAUCAGGGCGUGGACGGUGAGGUUGAAGUAUCGCGGGAAAGGGGUGGGGAGUGCGUUGUUGGAGGAGGCGGUGGCGGAGGCGAAGAGGAAGGGGGCGGAGGGGUUGGAGUUUGCGGAGGACCAUGCUAAUUCGAGACGUGUCCUCCCGGCUUUCUAUAAUGGUUACUUUGACCGGCAAGAUCGCAAUGCGAGGGAACUGCUGGAGAAUUUGAUGCAGUCCAGUCCGGGACGAGGGAAGAGGAAGUGA